CCCCCUACAUCAUCCCAAUAUGCUCCAAAUCUUCAAGGAAGUCGAGCUUGCUAUCCCCUCGGACGUGACCGUCACCCUCCACUCCCGACAGGCCACUGUCAAGGGACCCCGUGGAGAGCUCACAAAGCAUGUCAAGCACAUGAACAUGGACAUCCGCAUGAUCAAGUCGCCCGAGGGUGACAAGAUCAAGUUCAUUGUCUGGCACGGUGGCCGAAAGCACCUCGCUUGCCUGCGAACUGCCAAGGCCGUCUUCGCAAACAUGAUCAAGGGUGUCACUGUCGGCUUCCAAUACAAGUGCCGAGCUGUCUACGCCCAUUUCCCCAUCAACAUGAUCAUUGGUGACGGUGGAAGGUCGGUGGAGAUCCGUAACUUCCUGGGCGAGAAGCGUGUGCGUCACGUCGAGAUGCGCAAGGGUGUGACAAUCAAGGACGACCCAGCACAGAAGGACCAGGUUCUGGUUGAGGGUAACGACAUCGAGGAGGUUUCGCAAUCGGCUGCCGACCUGCACGGUCAGUGUCUCGUGAAGAACAAGGAUAUCCGAAAGUUCCUGGACGGUAUCUACACCUCUGAGAAGUCGACCAUCGUCGUCACUGAGGAGUAGACGACUCAAAAUGCAAGAUUCACCCUUUGUAGCACCAGCACACUUUGGCCG